CGAACAGUAGGUGGCGGUAAUGCAUCGCAUGAACGUUGGUUGCAAUCUGCGAAAGUGAAAGAAGAAGACACGGAACAUGAGUGUUGGAGAGUAGCCUGUACGUUCAUAAAAGUUUAAGAUAUAUUAUGUGUUUAGCUUGUUAUAAAUCGUACCAUGAUAUUAGCCGGUGACCGAAAAAAAAAAAUCAUGGAUCGAAACCCAACAAUGGAUCAAGAGUCGUGGCUGAGCUGUGAGAAAACUGCACAGCUACAGGGAGGCUUUCUGCUGGCUAACAAGCUGUGUGAGCCAGCCAGCCUGGGCAGCCUGGAGAAGCAGCACUGGGGAAGGGUGGGCCAGCCCAUCCUGCAAGCUGUCAGCGAGGUGUGCAGGCAGGAGCAGAGAGGCAGUCGUCAACAGGAAUCCGUACACUGGAAGAAGAGGCUGCUGUGUGUGGUUUGGAGUAAGCUGCUGGCCAGUGAGAGUGGGGAGGAUGUGGAGCGAGGCUGGAGAGAGAACCCCUUGUUCCCCGUCCAGAGCAGUCUUCCAGAGGUGAACUCUGUGGUGCUUCUGGAGAUCACCAAGGCCCUAAAGGCCGCUCCUCUCUACGCCGGCCUGCUGCUGGGCCUGGCCCCUGAACGACAGUCCCUGGAGCUGGAAAGGCUGGUCCAACACGUGACCUGCUGCCCCACCCCGGAGGACGGCUGGCUGCUACUGCAGGUCUGGAGGGAGCUCUGGAGGGCUGGGGGGGAGGGGGCAGAAGAUGACCUGAACAGAGUGUUUGCCGAGCAGUGUGCACGCCUUCCCAAUCCCCCCUCUGACCUCCCCUCUCAGGCUGCCAAGAGAUUCAAGUUAGACCCAGAAAAGCCACCACCACCAGCACAAUCAUCAUCAGCCACUAGUGUGCUGGCUAUUCUUCUCCAGGCAAUGGAGGACAUGAGACAUUACUUCCUGACCUCUGACCUGUGUUUCUCUGGCUUGUCAAUCCUCCUGGACUCUCUGUCCACCUGCUACCUGAGGGAAUCUGCACCCCUCCCUGCCCCCAUUUGGCUGCAGCACCUGACCAGGGCCGUGGCCCUCAGAGAGAUGCAGGAUGGAUCGGAGAGCUGUGAGCUAGUCCAGGUGGUUCGUGAGGCCCAGACAGACAUGCGUGCUGCUUUCUCUCCCUCCCGAUUCAAGGAGUGUGGCCUGGGGCUGGGCCGCCUGCUAGGGGCCGUGUCAGAGCUGCUGCUUACAUGGGACAGCCUGCUGAAGACGGACAGUAGCAGCCCCAGCCCCUCUGCCCUAAAGCUGCAGGCCAGCCUCAUGAGGACCCUGGAGUCCCUGUCACAGUCCGACACCAGGACCCAGGCAGACACACAGGCCUUGAAGGACUUUCAGAAGCAGUUGACGGAAGUGUUGGAGAACCUGUCCCUCCCCAAACCAGAGAGCACCCUGGCAGAGCAGGCCAGGGUGGCACUGGUGAUGCUGGAGCAUCGUUUGGAGGGUAACGAGGAGCUUGCGGCCAUGUUGGCUGCAGAGCUGAGCUGGAGUCCAGGGGAGGAGGAGUGGAUCAGCUGUCUGGAGAGGAACAAAAUGGCGUUCCAGCAGACGGCGCUGGUCAUGAAGCUGGUCUCCACCCUGGUGGCAACCUGCCAGAGGAGCAGUGAUGCCGGCCACAGCAGGAGAUUAAAGAACCUCAUCCUGGACAUCUUCUCCCAGCUGCCCCUGGCUGAUAAGAACACAGCGCUGGCUGAGAUACUGAUCUGUUCCAGCCGGGGGCUCCACGGAGUCCUGCCACCCACCCUGUCCCAGGACUUCCCCCAGGAGCUCAACAUGGCCUUCAACUGUCUCACACAGGGGGGUGUGGCCUCAGAGCAGGACAACGUCAGCGCUGCGGUGGUGGCUGUGGCCCGCGUGGCGUUCCAGAACCCUGAGGCCACUCUAGAGCGCUGCUGCCGCAUGGCGCUCUGCCACCGUGGAGGCCACACCCUCCUCGCCAAUAUCCUCUGCCAGCUGCCAGGCCUGAAGGGCGGGGCUAGGGACGGUGGGCGGGGCCUGCUGCUCUGCUGUCUGGAAAAGGCGGUUGGGAGUCGCCUGGCCUCGGCGCAGGAAGAGGAGCAGCUCCUCCACUUCCUGCUUGCGCUGAUGACGCCGUGCGUGACCCAGAGCCCCGAGAACGUGCAGAGCUUCCUGUCUCCACAGGAAGUGGUGUGUGCCUUUGUUCUUCCACACCUCUCCUCUUCCUCGUGCGGCCCUAUCAGUCUGGAGUUGGGGCUGCGUCUGCUCCUCUCCACCCUCUCUUUGCCUCUCCAGGACACUUCUCCUCAUUGGCUACUGGGCUGUUCACCAUUCCCCCUUCUCCUCAUCCUCUCCCAGCAGCUCAACCUGGCCACGCAAUGCUGGGAGGAGCCAGCAGGCAUCUCCAUGGAGGCCAAGGAGCUGCUGGUCAGUGUGCUGGUUGUUCUGGGGCCAGUGUUGGGCAGGGAGGUGGCCUCUGUCCCAGCCACUUGGUCCAGAGCUCUCUCCUGGCUCUACAACAAGGUUCAAAACCUGGACUGGACUGUGCGCCUCUACCUGAAGCCUGUGUGGGGUGAGCACUUCAAGAUGGAGGUUCCGUCCUCCCUGCUGGCUGUGUGUGAGCUGGGGGAGAGGGACUGGGCUGGGCUGGAUCUGGCCCAGUACAGCCAGGGCACUGGGUUGCUGGCCUGGCUGGAGUGCUGCGCCCUCUCUGACUCGCUCCAGGACACCAUGCUUGCUUGUCUAGAUCUAGACCAGAAGCAGCCCCACCACGUCAGCAUGUUCAGCAAGGGCAUGCUGGUGGGCCUGGUGCAGAUGCUUCCCUGGAGCACAGCAGGGGAGUGGAGGAGGCUGUUGCGGGCUCUGAGGGAGCUGCUGGUGUCUGGCCGGCUGCACGUGCCCUACAGUCUGGAGUACGUGGACUUCCUUCCCCUGAUGGACUUGCGUCCAUUCUCCUGUCAGCUGCGCCUCUCUGUGCUGCUGCUGCGAGUCCUGCAACUUCUCUGUGGAUCCAGCUGCUCCGAUUGGCUGCCGGCCCACGGUUGGGCCCACGUGGGCCGCCUGUAUGCGUCUGCUAUGAGGGAGCUGGUUGAGGAGCUGAGGGUCCUGCUGCCCACCUCCACUCAUACAGCUACACCCAAAGUUGCUGCGCCCUCAGAUUCCUCUCCUGCAACCUCCCCAAAGGACUUGCCCCCCUCCCCUGUACAGCCCACUUCCCCAUGCCCCGCCCAGAGCCAGCCAGGAGACAGGCCCCAGGAGGUGCUGUUUGUGCUGACGCAGUUGUUCUGCCACGUCCAGCACAUCCAGGUGAUGAUGUCAGAGGCGGCUGAAGGGCCGAGUGAGCCGCUGUUCCUGGUUGCCCUGGAGAUCCUGAGCCAGUACGAGGCGGUCUUGGCAGCAUUCCCUACCAGCAGCUCACCCUUGGAGAGGGACAACACCCUCCUCUUUCUCUCCACCAUCACUGAUAACUUGCAGGAGAAGGAAAUGAAGAGUGUCCUGCAUCAGAAGAUCUCCCAGGUCUUGUCCUCCUAGCAGAAGUUUGUUGUUUAUUUCUAAUUGACCUGUACUUUUGCAAAGUAAAGAAACUUAUUUUUGUAUGCUGAGACCUUGAAUAUAACAUGGAUUUUGACUUGUUUUUUGUCUUAGAAUAAAGCAUUUAAUGAAAUGUUUUCAGUGUAAUAAUUUAUUGUAUGUUCAUGCAGGCAAAAUACAUUAAAAGAUUACAUUCUUUUG